CACAUCCGGUUUCCUUAUGUUCGGCAUGACAGAGCGGCACAGCAACUUCGCGAAUGUAGCCGGCUGUUAGUCUUUCUUCAAACGAGACACGUGAAAGGAGCAUUUUGAAAAGAUUCAGGUCAAAUACCGGGCGUUGUUUGCAAAGUGCCGUUGCUGAACCAUAUAACCUAUCUGGCUAGUUCAUUUAAACACUUGCGGUGAACUAUAUGUAAUAUAUAUCUAUAUUUUUAUAAGAAAAUGGCGGAUAUUACUAGCACUUGUGCCGAGAAGAGCUUGGACGAUUUCUUUGCCAAGCGGGAUAAAAAGAAGAAAAAGGAAAAAGGGAAGGGGAAGGAGCAAGCACCGGCGCCGGGACCCGUAACUUUGAAAAAGAACAAAAAGGAUAAAGAGAAGUCGACUAAAAACGAAAAUCAAGACUCCCAGGUAGAGAAGGAUGACGAGGAGUGGAAGGAGUUUGAGCAGAAGGAGGUGGACUACAGCGGCCUCCGUGUGCAGGCCUUGCAGCUGAAUGAGGAGCGGGACGAGGACGAUUAUGAGAAGGAGGAGGUGGGCGAGGACGGAGAGAUCAUUCUGGUCAGCGGGGACAAGAUGUCCGGCCCGUGGAACAAGUCCGGAGCGGCCCCUGUGGCAGCCCCGCCCGUGGUGGAAGUGGAGGCCCCGGAGCCCAAGCCAACGGGGGUGUACAGGCCCCCCGGGGCGCGAAUGGGCCCCGCAAAGAAGGGCCUGACCCAGGGGCCCCCGGAGAUCUAUAACGACACCCAGUUCCCCUCUCUUUCGUCUACGGCCAAACACGUGGAGACCCGCAGGGACAGGGAGAUGGAGAAGACCUUCGAGGUGGUGAAGCACAGGACCCGGACCAGGGAGGAAGGAGGCGCGGCCUCAGCGCAGCAGCUGCAGCUGGACAACCAAUACUCCAUCCUCGGGGACAAGUAACCGCCCCCUACGCCAAGCCCCGCCCACCACGGCCCCGCCCUCUACCUGUGCGCAGGUGGGAGGGAACAGAACUACAGCUGUGGAUUAACUGCCAUUGAACAUACACGCCUAUAUACACACACACACACAUUCAUGUACCCCUCUCGCAUACAUACACACUCAAACACGUUCUCUCGCUCUCUGACGCACACAUUCAAGCAUACAGUCUCUCCCUCACAUACUUACACAUUCAGACACUUUCUCAUUUGUUCUCUCACACACACACACCCCCUCACCCACACACACACACACACAUACACCCCCCCCCCCCCCACACACACACACACACACACACACACACACACACACCCUCACCCUCACCCUCACACACCCACACACACACACAUCCUCUCUGUGGCACACAUGCCCUGGGCUAGCACAGGCCUGCCCUUCACCCAUUGGGCCUGUACUCCACACAGCCCCUUUAACAGCAGUGGCUACAGGGAGGUGGACAAGAAAAAAAAAAAAACAAACCAACAAAAAAAACAAACCGUGAUCUGCGUGUGAACAUUUAACGAUAUACUUCAGCCAUCCUAUUUUUAUGGUGUAGCUGCGGCUUUGGCCCCUGCUUUGGCCCCUGCCCUCGGGCCCGUCGCCGGGGAGACACCCGCUGGGCAGCCGUGGCUCCGGGUGGCAGGCGGUCGGUUGACGUUUAACGGCCGAAUUUCAAACGGGCCGGGCGCUACGGCAACACGCGCAGAGUCCUGGCGUGUGGGGACUUCCUCAGGUUCACCUCGGCGGAUAACGUGCUGGUUUAAACCGUUCUCUCCCACCCCCCAACCCCCCCCCCCCCCCCCCCCGGACCUGCCGUCUGACUCCCCCCGAGGGUCCGCCAGCCUCCUCCAGGACCGGGAAUCUCUUUCAAACCGGCCGGCUGUCGGAGACGAAAGGUUUUGCUUUUCAUCUGCUUUACACAAGGAAAAAAAAAACAAACUUUAAAAGUGGCCUUAUUGGGGAAAGAGAAGCGGGGAUUCUGUGACUGAUCCUCUGAGAAGAAUUGAGCUCUUUGUUUCACUGUAAUUUGAUCCUUACACUUACCCCUCCCGAAUCACCGCCCUCCCCCCCCCCCCCCCCCCCCCGCGUCCUGGUUCUGAAUGCAGCGCGGAGCGAUCGUUUUGGGUACCCAGCAGAAUACACCACUGAACUGUUACUCCUUUCUCCACUAACCACCCCCCCACACACCCCCUCUCCCCCUGAUACUUUUAUUUUGUGUUAACAUUGGCAAGCCAUUUUGUGGUAAAUAUUAAAGGUGUUAUUUCUAA